UUUUCUGAAAAUUCUCCUUCUUUAUCCAUGGAGUUAGGAAACAGCAGUAGCGAUAAAUCAUCAGAGUUUUCCAUAAGAGCGUAUGUUAAACCCAAAAUGCCAAGACUCCGAUGGACUGAUGAUCUUCAUCGCCGCUUUGUGCAUGCUGUUGAUCAUCUUGGUGGAGUUGAUCGAGCAACACCAAAGAUGGUGCUACAAAUAAUGAAUGUGAAGGGCCUUACUAUAUCUCACAUUAAGAGUCACCUUCAGAUUGCUUCCAGCUCUACUGUUUUUCCUCCUCCAUGGAAACCUAUGCCAGAGAAGAAGAUGGGAUUGGAAGGACGAUGCUACAUGUUUAGGGAUUUCUUCGAUGGAACCAUUACUAUUCGAGAUGGAGAUGAUGAUAAUAAAAUUGUGCGAGCAUAUGGUAUUAGCAAUUUGCCAAAUAAGAGUGCAACUUCAAUGAUUGAAGAGGAAGACUCCCAUAGCACUAUGUCCUUGGAGCUAUCUCUCAGUUCAGAUAUCUCUCUUGACCUCACCCUUGGUUAAAAUCAUUUGGUCUCUAUAAUCUCC